CUUGUUUGAAGAAUGCUUGGACUCCGACUGGAAGUGUGCGCGUCCAUUUAGCAAUUCUGAGUUCCAUCGUUACCUUUUUCCUUCUCGUUCUGUUGUUUUGUUCAAGAACUAAAAACAGAAACUCUGCAUCAGCUAUUUGAAGUCCAUGGACGAAGUUGCAUGGACACAAGUUGUACGGAUGUGCUUUUGACUCCACGAGGAAAAGAAAUGGUUUGGUUUCAACAAAGUGAGUUGAUUUCAGUCUCCAGUGGCCGAUGGAGUUGGGUACGAACAGCUGAGAAUCCACUUUGUUGGAUGAAUAGGAGAGGAUAAGUUUAUUGGCUGUAGAAUUGUUUCUCAAGCUUCAGAAGGAAAUCGUGGGGUUUCUUUAUCAGUAUCGACUAUCGAGUCGUCACUGAUAAACCCAAGGCAUGGACAAGGGUUUGUGUUUGUAUCAAAAUGAUGAAGAAGAAUAUAACUGCUUUGCUGGAACUGAAGUAAACCAUGAAUAUGCUGAAGAGGAAGAAGGAGAAGAUAGGGAAAAGAAAGAUGAUGAGCUAGUUGAAGAUGCUAUUUCUAAAAAAAAUGAGGAAGAUACUGUUGGCUCAGAUGGCAAUAAUGAGCUUUGUCCAGCUGUUCGUAUGGAGUUUGAAUCUCAAGAUGAUGCACAUGUCUUCUAUAUUCGGUAUGCAAGAAAGAUGGGAUUUAGUACACGGAAACAUUCAACCUCUAAAUCCCAACGUACUGGCAAAGUAAUAGGCCGCUGCUUUUGUUGUUCGCAUCAAGGGUACAGUAAUGCAAAAGCAAUAGGAGUUGAAGAAAAGAAGAAGCUAAGGCCAGAAUCAAGAACAGGUUGCAAGGCAAUGAUGUGGAUAAGAAGAAAAAAGGGAGAUAGAUGGGUUGUCAGUCAAGUGAUAAAAGAGCAUAAUCAUCCUUUGACUUCCCCAAACAAAAGGGACAAGCUCCAUUUUCAACAAAAACUAACAGAAGACCAAGGGAAAGUAGUUAAAAGCAUGCACUCCACAGGACUUCAAACAGGUCUUAUGAUGAAUUUUAUGCCUCUUGAGGCUGGAGGAAGUCGUAAUGCCAAUUCCAAUGCAAGAAAUUUCUUGAAUACAAGACGGCAGAGAGAUCUUCAAAAGGAAGAUCUUUCAGCUAUACUUGAUUAUUUUGAGUGCCAAAGAACAAACAACCCUUCUUUCUUUUAUUCAAUUCAAGUUGAUUCAGAUGGCCAAAUGACAAACUUCUUUUGGACUGAUGCUAGAUCGAGGAUGGACUACCAUUUUUUUGGGGAUGUGGUUUGUUUGGAUCCAACAUAUGGCAUCUGUAGGUAUGGUUUGCCAUUUGUCCCAAUUGUAGGGGUUAAUCAUCAUUAUCAGACUGUAUUAUUUGGUAGUGCAUUACUUUUUGAUGAAACAGAAGAGUCAUUUGUGUGGUUACUGGAAACAUGGAUGAAGACAAUGGGAGGUCAACAACCAAAGGUAAUUCUUACUGACCAAGAAUCAGCAGUAGGAGGAGCUAUAUCAUGUGUUUUACCAAGUGCCCGUCAUUGGUUUUGUUUAUGGAACAUAAUGCAGAAUGCUGCAAGGUACAUACCUUAUGCAUUUAAUGCUAAUAGUGGAUUUGCUCGUGAUUUCAAUAAUUGCUUGUAUGGUGGGGAGACAAUUGAGGAGUUUGAGUCUAGCUGGGAAAAUAUGCUUGAUAGGUACAGCUUAAGGGGCAACCUUUGGCUAAUGAAGUUGUAUGAAAAGCGAGAAAAGUGGGCAUCAAUCUACAGACAUAAUACAUUUUCUGCAUCCAUGUGCAAUGCUCAACAUAUUGAAAGCAUAAAUGCUUAUUUUGAUGGAUACCUCAAAAUGAAUAUGCCAAUAUGUGAAUUUGUUAAGCAGUAUGGUAGAGUUGUUGUAGCUAGAAGACAAGCAGAAAUUGAUGAAGACUUAGAAACAAACCAUAAAAAUCCAGUUUUGAGGGUUGGUAUGGAUAUAGAAGAGGAGGCAGCCAAAGUCUAUACAAGAACAAUUUUCCGCAAGUUUCAAGAUGAGUUGGUACAAGGUCUUAACUUUCGUCAUGAAAAAAUUGAAGAGAGUGGCUCAAAGUUCACUUAUAGUGUGUGGAAGAGGGAUCAUGAGCAAGCAAGGUGUAUUGUUACAUUUGAUAGCUCUAAUAGUAAUGCGAAGUGCAGCUGCCAGUUGUUUGAAGUUGCAGGUUACUUAUGUAAACACAUAUUGAAAAUAUUUUUAGUUGCAGAUGUUCAUAGUAUUCCACCUCAAUACAUAUUGAAGAGGUGGACAAGAGAUGCCAAGUCUGGGCCUACAGUGGACAACCAGAGCGAAGAAAUCCAAUCUGAUUGUUAUGAUCCCUAUUCUCUUCGCUAUUGUAAUAUCUAUCGUGAAAUAGUAAGCAUUGCAGCAAAGGCCGUUGUGACAGAAGAAGUGUUCAAGAUGGCAAAGAAUGGCCUAGAAGCUACAUUGAAGGAAGUUGAAGUUGCUUUGAGAAGGGUAUCAAUAAGUUCUACAGAGCUUACCAAGGAAGUUGAAGGUACAAACAAUGAAGACCUUGAUCAAAGCCCCCCAAGUGUUAGACUUAACCCUUGGAUCGGCAACUGGCCUGAAUUACAUAACGUGUGAAGACUUCUUAUCAACCUAAUUUCUAUGUAUUUUUAUGUAAAAUCUUAGCCUUGUCAAUGACCUGUUUUUUCUCUCCAUUAAAGGUGAUCCACCACUUACAUGGUAAUAUACUGUACUCAAAGUUUUUUUUUCCAUCUCUAGUGAUACAUUUGUGACUGGCUUA